UUUUAUAUAUGCAGAUAGUCGAACUUCCUGGCUCCUACUGAUUUUGCUUACAUAACCUCGAAAUAAAAACCGAAAAAGAUUUGAAAUAUUUUGCUUUUCUUUUUCAUUCCGCCACCAGAAAUAAAAAUAAUCUAUUUAUUAGCCAUUAUUAACACAUCUUCUAUUAAACAUGCUGAAGCUUUACCAGCUGCUACCGAGAUGUUCUGGCUGCUUAAAAUUAAGUCCAAAAUUCAGAAAUCUUGCUCGAGGCUUUUGUACAAAGAAAAGUCCAGUAGAAUUAGAGGAUAUCAAUGCACCUAUAAAAUAUUCAACAAGCAAGGCAUGUAUGUACCAAGCAAAAACGACUAGAACAGGUAUUGCAGAAGAACGGCUGUGGUAUGAACCUUAUGUCAUCCUAGCAAGUAUCACAACAUUCCUCCUUUAUUUUUGUGUAUUUAGAGAGGAAAAUGAUAUAGACAAAGAACUUAGUGUCAGUUUAUAUAGUCGCAUUGAUGGCUUGGAAGAAUAUCAGCUAAGAUUAUCAUUAAAAUAUAAUUUAGACAGAGGGCUGGAUACUACAGCAAUAAGAGACAGACUGGCACAAAUUGAAGAGGAAAAACGUCAAAAGAAUCCUGAUUUAUAGUUAGUUUUUUUUAGUAUAUUAUCUGCUAAUUUUAAUAAAUUUUCCACAGAUUCAUUUCUUACGUAGCAGACCAGUUGUAUAUUAGAAAAGUAAAGAAGCCUCUAAGUAA